GCAGCGGUGCUGGAGCUGGAUGAGGCACUGGGGGCGGAGCUUCGUCGCCAGGGGGCGGAGCGUCGCCGAGGGGCGGAGCUUCGGGCCCUGGGGGCGGAGGCGGCGCAGGAGGGGCGGAGGCUGCGGAGGGAGGGGUCCCAGAUAAGCUCCGCCCACCGGGAGCCGGGGCCAAAGGUGGGACUGACGUCGAAAGUGGCUGCCGUGUGCAAGCUGCGGGAGGAGGCACUGGAGGAGCUGCUGGGGCUCCGCCCCUUGUCGAGGCCGCAGGACCUCACCUUGCUCUGGCUGCAGGAGGCCAAGGCACUGCUGAACCAACACAGCCCAGAGGAGGUGCUGGAGGCCCUGCAGACACUGGGGAAGGGGUACCCCAAAAUCAGCCCUGACCUUGACCCCAACCCUGACCCUGGUGCUCAGCCCCAUAUGAAGGCCCUCAUCCAGGACUGCUGGGUGGAUGUGGGGGGACUCUGGGACCUCAUCCACUCCUCGGCCUCCCGCCUGUCCCCCCUGAGGCUCCGGCUCCUCCAGCUGCAGGAGGAGAUCCAGCAGCGCCUGGAGGGGCACCCCAAAGCCCAGCAGGCUGCCAGGUUGAUGCUGGAGGCCGCGGGGCUCUCAAGGGCUCAGGAGGCCCUGAUCCAGCAGGUCCAGGAGCUACGGGGCAGCCCCAUGGACUCCCCAGAAGCUGCCCUGGGGCCACUGAGGAGGCAGCUGCAGGAGGGGAAGCAGCGGCUGUCCCGUCGCUGGAUCCAGCUCCGGGCUCUGGGCGCACCCAAUGGGAAGCUCCAGGCGCAGCUGCGCCCCCUGCAGGCCCAGGCCCGAGGAGCUGUGCGGCUCCCCCCAGGGCUGCAGGGGGAAGGGCAGCGGCUGCAGGAAGCGCUGAGCAUGCUGGGAAAGGAGAGAGUGCCCCUCCCCCCGAGCCCCGCCCAGAGCCCACUGCAGCCAAUCAGACGUGCCCUCGGAAUGGCAGAGAGUGAGCCCCCACAGGGGGCGCUGUUGCGGGCGGCAGAGCUGCGGGGGGAGCUGGAACAGCUGCAGGGGGCGUGGUCAGAGCAAAGGGCGUGGUCAGAGCAAGGGGCGGGACCCUUGAAGCCCCACCCACCCCGCGCACCCGCGGAGGGCGUGGCCAUCGCCAAGCUCCUCCCCCAGCUGCAGGCGCUGUCCAUUAGGGUCCAGCAGUGCCUCGAGGGCUGGCCCCACCUCCAGGAUGUCAUCAGCCAAUGGUGGGAGCAGCCGGCUCAGUGGAUACCGGCCACGCCCCCCGGCAACAUCCCCUUCUCCCAUUGGCUGAAGCGCUGGUCCCAGGCCACCCAUGCCCUAAACUUGCACCGCCCCCUCGCCUUAGCCCCGCCCACCAGCGACGAGGAAGGGCAUGACCAAAGCAAGCCCCACCCCUGAGCCUCAGUUUCAU